UCCCGCCAUUUCCCACAGUGCGAGAAAGAGAAAUGGAGAUUGUGAGAGACCAACCGAAGAGCUCCUCACAUGAAUCCCUAAAAUUGGCGAUCGCAAUGGCGCUCGUCCGAUCAAAGCUCCUCCAAAAACCUCCGGCACCACCACCGCAGCCGCCGCCUUCUUCCUCCGCUGCCGUUCCUCAACCUGCCGCCGUUCCUCCUCCUUACUCCGAUGAUGCUCUUAAAUGGAAACGAAAAGCAAAAGAGCGUAAAUUAGAAAUUCUCAGACUCAAGGAAGACCUCAAAGUUGCCGAAGAUGGCUCGCAGUGUGAUAUAUUUCCGAAAAGUGCAUCAUGCAAAUGUUAUUUCUUUGAUAAGUUGGGGUUAUUGAGCCCUAAGAGAAUUGGAGAUGGUUCUGACCGACGUUUCAGUGAAGUGCUGCGGAGAAGAUUUCUCAGACAAGUGAGGAUUAAGGAGAGAAAGAGGAGAAGAACAGAUGAUUCCUUGCUUCAUCGAAUUUCAGAACGUGACAAUGAAAAUAAUGUUGACCAACUGAGCGCUUCAGUUGAUUUUCUUGUGGAGCUUUGUGAUAGUGUUUCUCCUCAAAGUUUGGAGAAGGGUAACUUUAAGAACUGGUGCCACCAAGCCGUGGACUUUAUUCUCGGUACACUUGCUACAAUGUCACCAACUGAAAGGAAUGCAGAACCCGUAGAAGGCAUUAUUAACAGCUUAAUCAUGCGUUUAUUGAGAAGAAUGUUCUGUCCUUUGGAAGGAGAUGAAUCUCAUCACUUUGACACUGCUGUUCAGUUCUAUAUUCAACAUUUGAUGCGUAAGGUCGGAAAUGAGGCUUUUGUCGGUCAGCGUCUAAUAUUUGCGGUCUCUCAAAGAAUUUCUGUAGUGGCAGAGAGUUUGCUUUUCAUGGAUCCAUUUGAUGACACCUUUUCAAGUAUGCAUAACUCUAUGUACAUGAUGAUUCAGCUUAUUGAAUUUCUGGUUUCUGAUUAUUUGCUAACCUGGUCAAACGCUGGAGAUUUUGACAUAAGGCUCUUUGAAGAAUGGGUUGUAUCAAUUCUCCACGGAAGAAAAGCAUUGGAACUACUGGAGAACAGGAAUUCUCUUUAUGUACUGUACAUAGAUCGUGUGAUCGGCGUUGUGGCCAAGCAAGUGGGGCAGUUGUCAUUUCUGCAGAAGCUAAACCCACAGAUUCUUGAGAACUUGUUUAGCUAAGCACUGACCUGCAGCUUUUCCUUUUGAAUUGAUAAAGUAUGGCUUUAUAUUCAAGGCAUCAAAGGAGCUGUUGCUUUUUACGUGUAAGUUGUAAUACUUGGUGCAACUUUUUCUCUUGUAUUAGCAAAGCAGCCCUUGCAUUGCCUCUGUUUUUAGGCAAAUGCUAGUAAAUAAUACUAGGUGUAUUGGUUUCAAAAUUUGAAACAUAUCUUUUUUCAAUUUUGGCACA